AUGGAACGCAUGAAGAGCAGCAUCACGGGCGACGCGCACUUUUUCGAAGAGAGCAUGAAUCUGGACCGCAUUCGGAAGCUGCUGGACAACAAACUGGGCGUCGCGGGCCACAGCGAGAAGCUCGAGGCAAUGAAAGCGCUGCUCGCGAGCAUCUCGAAGGGCGAAGACGUCUCAAGCCUCUUUGCUGACGUGGUGAAGAACGUCAUUGUCGCCAGCGUCGAAGUGAAAAAACUCGUCUACAUGUACUUGGUGCACUAUGCCGACGCGACGCUGCAGUGUCGGGAGUUGGCGCUCCUGAGCAUCAACAGCUUCCAAAAAGAUUUGGCAGACCCGAACCAGCUCAUUCGAGCGUUGGCGCUCCGCGUGAUGACGAGCAUCCGCGUCCGAGAGAUUCUUCAGAUCCAACUUAUUGCGAUCCGCAAGUGUGCGGCCGAUGAAUCGGCUUAUGUGCGAAAAUGUGCGACCAACGCGAUUAGCAAAGUGUUUGUCGUGGACCCCGAGCAGAAGGACGUGCUGGCGGAGAUCAUUGGCACGCUCCUGCAUGACUCGAGUACGAUGGUCCUGGGCAGUGCCGUGCAAGCGCUGAGUGAAGUGUGUCCGGAUCGACUGGAUCUGCUGCACGGACCGUUUCGGAAAUUAUGCCACUUGUUAGCAGACAUUGAUGAGUGGGGACAGACGGUCACGUUGAGUGUACUGACUCGAUACUGUCGCGAGCAGUUUCAGGUCGUGGACGACAAGAAGCAACGAAAUGGUGACGUCAAAGUAGCGCCGACUACAUCAGGUCAUCAUAACGGCUUUUAUUCUGACGAUGAUGGUGACAGUGGAGACUCCGAUGACGCAAACGGGAAGAAAAAAACUUGUCGAGGAUCCGACCGUUCGUUCCUGAACAAGUCGCCAUUCAUGCUUGGACUAGGAGGCGCAAGAGGAAAACCAGUUGCGUCUGUCGGCUCAGUGUUCCGCCAAGACGCGCUUGGGAGCGGCAUUGGAGCUGGCGAGGAGCUGGAUGAAGACCACCGGUUGUUGCUCCGCUCGUCGAUUCCGCUGCUCAAGUCCCGGAACAGUGCAGUGGUGCUGGCUGUUGCAACGCUGCACUACUAUUGCGGCACGCACAGCAUGGCAUCGUCUACGCUCAUUGGCAAGUCGCUCGUGCGCAUCAUGCGCAAUCAGCGUGAGAUCCAGUACGUCGUGCUAUCGGUCAUUUCGUCGAUGGCAACGACGCAUCCAGACAUGUUCCGCCCAUUUUUGCAAGAAUUCUUCGUACGCGCUACGGAUCCAGCUUAUGCGAGAAAGCUUAAGCUGGAGAUUUUGACUUCGCUUGUCACGAACGAAAACGUGAGCAUCAUACUGCGGGAAUUUCAGGCAUAUGUUCGCCAUGUGGACAAAUCCUUUGUGACCAUGACAGUUCGUGCUCUUGGACGCGUGGCAGACGCCAUGCCAUCGGUCGCUGAGCGCUGUUUGAGUGGACUGAUGCGCCUCGUUCGCUCGUCAAACGAGCAAGUUGUUGCCGAGAGCGUGGUGGUCAUUCGUCACUUGCUCCAGCAGCAAGCGAUCGAGAAGGAUCGCCUUCGGGUCGUGCGGUCGUUAGCUGCAAUGAUGGUUACUGGUCGCGUGACUAGUCCAUCGGCACGUGCAUCGAUCGUCUGGAUGCUUGGUGAGUUUAAUGUCGAUGGUGUUGGGACCGCAUGUGCAAAAGAAUCGCUUCGUUUGCUCGUAAAGAACUUUUCUGAUGAGUCGAGUGAUGUGCGUCUCCAGCUUCUAAAUCUUGCGGUCAAGCUUGGUCUGCGUGAACUAGAGAAUCGGACGAUUCAACUUUUACUCCAGUAUGUGAUCGAGUUAUGCAAGUUUGACAUUGACUACGAUGUGCGUGACCGCGCUCGUUUGAUUCGUGCUGUACUUUCUGGAGAUGCGACCAUUGUGGAUCCGCGUAAGUUAUUCGCGAGCAAGAAGCCAGCACCGGCGAUCGGAUGCGAUGAUGAAAGCAAUUCUCGCUUCACGCUCGGCACGCUGUCAGGCGUUGUGCGCCACAGUGUUCCAGGAUAUCUCCCUUUGCCGAAAUGGCGUUCUUCCAAGCCGGAUCCAUCACUCCGUGACGAAUCCUCCAUGUUUGACACCAACCGUGGCGGUUGCUCGCAUCUUAGCUCUAAGGCUAUGAAGAAGGAAGAAAGAAGAAGCAGUAAACAAGGGUUUUACACAGACGAGAGUGUGUCUAGUUCCGAGUCAGACUCUGCGUCGUCGCACGACUCUGACCUUGAGAGUAGCUCAGACGAUGACUCUGAAAACAGUAGUAGCGAAGGUAGUCCCUCUGGUUCCGAGUCAGCUUCGUCUAGCUCAGGGUCUGAAAGUGAGUCGGAAGACAUGUCUUCGGACAAGGAAGAUCAUCCGCGCCGACGGCAAAAUGAUGGGAAAACAAAGCCGCUGCAUAAUCGACCGCAAUCAAACAAGACAAGGUCGGCGAAUGCUUUUACUCCGCUUGAUCUGUUGGGAUCGCCAUCGAGUGGAUUCGCGACAAAUUCCUUGGCGCAACCAGAUGGACACGUGGCUCUCUCGGCAGGCUCGACUUCCAAUUUUCUGGGCGAUUUAAUGAACUUGAGCGUCUCCUCGUCGAUGACUCCGCCUCGACGUAACGAACUACUCUCCUCGCUCGUUAGUAAUGGAUUGGAUGUUCACUACGCCUUCUUGCGCCAAGCCUCGACGCACUCUCCCCAUAUGAAUGUCAUCCAGAUGUGGCUGGCAAAUAACUCUAGUGAGCCCAUUUCUAGCAUUCAAGUUGUUGGCAAGAAUCCUCAGCAAGUUGUUCCAUGUCCAGCUGUGCCGGUAUUGUUCCCUGGUGGAUCUAAUUCAAUGGUCCAGUUGCAUGUGGACUUCAUGGGCUGCCUUGAUUCAGUCGCUCUUGAAAUUGUCACGAGUGCCCAAAGAUACGAAGUUGACCUCGCGCCAAUCAUUGGAGAGCUGUUCAUUCCCCAACAAAUGAGCUUGAACGAUUUCGAACGUCGCAUCUCCAUGGCAGAUACGACGUCCUUCCACACCAGUGAAUUUGCCUUGCCGAUUCCUGUUCAAAUGAGCACGGUCGUGCAGGCUGUCUUGAGGGAUUGCAGUGUGGCGCAGAUCUACGAGAUUGACCACGUGGAUGGUGUGGCAGGCAAGUGCAAAUUCGCCGGACGUUUUCGCAGUGGCGCAACCAGUGCUGAACAUGUUCUGAUCGGCUUGGAGGUUCAACUACAAAGUGGCAAGGGGCGACUUCUUGUAGUCAUGCGGGACGCCGUGCUCUCCCAGCGACUCGGCACAUAUAUCCGGCAAGCUUUGUCGCCGCAAGGCGCAUAA